AUCGGCUCGGCUGUUUGUGCAAUCGAUAGUUUUUGUAGUGCAAUGAAAAUUAGUAGUUUGUUUUUGCAACAAACAUUUAUGUUAGUUAUGCGUCUGUGUCCAAAAUGUUGAUUGUUUGGUUAGUGAUUGCCUCCACCUUGAGCCGAUGCAUCCGAGCCACCACCACGAUUUCGAUACCCAUCACAACACAGGACAUAAUUGCGGGUGACGUAUUUUUUGAAAUCACAUCGCCGCAAGACCUGGAAUAUACGUACAGAUUACGGCCGGCGAAAGAUUUCGGCAUUACCUUCUCGGAGAAGUUCGAGGGCAUCCCUCUGGUGCUGACUGAUCCGCCAGACGCCUGCCAGAAGCUGCGCAACACACGUGAUCUUCAUGGAAGUAUCGCACUCAUGGACAGGGGGGAGUGCUCCUUCCUCACCAAGACCCUGCAGGCGGAGAUGGCCGGGGCGGUGGGCGCCAUCAUUACCGAGUACAAUCCGAACUCGCCAGAAUUCGAGCACUACAUCGAGAUGAUCCACGACAACUCCAAUCGAGAUGCUUCGAUACCCGCGGGCUUCCUGCUGGGGAAGAACGGCGUGAUAAUACGGUCCACGCUGCAGCGACUGAAGCGGGUGCAUGCCCUCAUAAAUAUACCAGUAAACCUGACCUUCACCCCGCCAUCGAAAAUCAAUCACCCGCCGUGGCUCGGAUGGUGACUGGACCCGGAAUGAUGCCGGAAGGACCCAGCAGAGGCACACACACACACACACACACGCGAUCUAAAACCAAAGUGCAUACUUAGUCAGUACUGAAGCAGCGAUAGUAACUAAAAAUGAGACUAAGCUUAUAGUUUUACCAUAAGUAGCUAAAUCGUAACUGGAGGCAGAACCAAAUCGUAAAUUGUAAAUAAAUUGCCAGGUGGCAGGCAAGUCAGAAAGUUUUAAGCUAGACAAAUACCAUAAAUCUUUAUUAAACGUAUGCGCAUGCACAUGUA